CGGAUAUGAAAAUGGAAAUGGAAAUACUAGUGCAACACGCAUUUUCGUCAACCUUAGCGUCCGCGUAUCACAACGCAACACCAUAUGAACCUCUCUCUUCUCUUCCUUCUCCAUCGUCACCACCUUUUCCAUCGUUAAUCAAAUCAAAAUCCAUCUUUCAUAUCGUUCAUCAUUAUUAUUAUUAUUAUCAUUCUCCUUCGCUUCAAUGGAAUCCGACAAAGCAACCUUCGUUGCCCUCGUCCAAGGAAUCUGCACCAGACCCUCAUGGCCUCUCUUGCUUCUCCUCUUCACUUUCCUCACCCUUCUCUCCCUUCAGCUUCCUUCCAGCUCCGUUUUCCCCGUUUGGUUCCUCUCCGCCUCGUUACCAUCGCCACAUCCGCCCACCUGCUCCGGUUUCUUCCGCGAUGUUCCGCCGAGGAAGGUUGUCAUGUCCAUCGCGGACUUCGGCGGCGUCGGCGACGGCAAAACUUCCAAUACGGCAUCGUUUCGGAAGGCGAUUCGGUACAUGCAGCGUUUCCAGAAUCGUGGUGGGUCCCAGCUUAAUAUCCCCAGUGGAACAUGGCUCACCGGUAGUUUUAACCUCACCAGUAAUUUCACCCUGUUUCUUCACCGCGGUGCUGUUAUUUUGGCCUCUCAGGACCCAAAAGAGUGGCCAAUAAUUGAACCUUUGCCAUCUUAUGGAAGAGGGAGAGAGAGAUUAGGAGGAAGGCAUAUUAGCCUUAUACAUGGAAAUGGCCUUAGCAAUGUUGUCAUUACAGGACAAAAUGGAACAGUUGAUGGUCAAGGAAAGAUAUGGUGGGAACUUUGGUGGAACAGAACGUUGGAGCACACAAGAGGGCAUCUCCUUGAACUAAUGAACUCGGAUAAUGUUCUCAUUUCAAACCUCACCUUUAGAAAUUCUCCAUUUUGGACCAUCCAUCCUGUUUACUGCAGUAAUGUUCUGAUCAAAGGGAUGACAAUCUUGGCUCCUCUUAAUGCGCCAAAUACUGAUGGCAUAGACCCAGACUCAAGUACCAAUGUAUGUAUUGAAGAUAACUACAUAGAAAGUGGGGAUGAUCUUGUAGCCAUAAAGAGUGGUUGGGAUCAAUACGGAAUCACCAUGGCCCGUCCUAGCACAAAUAUCAUAGUGAGGAGAGUAUCAGGCACUACACCAACAUGUUCUGGAGUUGGAAUAGGUAGUGAGAUGUCUGGUGGAAUUUCAAAUAUAAAAAUUGAGAAUCUGCAUGUCUGGGAUUCUGCAGCUGGUGUUCGCAUAAAAUCUGAUAAAGGCAGAGGAGGAUACAUAACCAAUGUUAGUAUAAGUGAUAUAAGAAUGGAGAGAGUGAAGAUACCCAUUAGGUUCAGUAGAGGUUCAAACGACCAUCCUGAUGAUGGGUGGGAUCCACAAGCUGUUCCUAGAUUCAAAGAUAUUUUAUUCAGUAAUGUGGUCAGUGUAAAUUCAACAAAAGCCCCAGUUUUGGAAGGUAUAGAGGGUUCAUCAUUUGAAGGCUUAUGCUUCAAAAAUAUUACUCUACUUGGUGUGGCCUUAUCUCCAACAUGGCAUUGCGAAUAUGUCUCUGGUUUUGCCACUGAGGUGUUGCCGGUUCCAUGUCAUGAAUUGCAGAACAAUACCGAUUCAUCCUGGUGUUCACGUUGAUUAACUGUGCCCAACCAUGGAUAGUUCAAAGAUCCAACAAUGGAAAAAGUAGGUUUUUGCUCACAUUAUGAUUUGAUUAAGCAGUUUUUGGUCUUGCUUAAGCUGAUAAUUUUUGUGAGGCACAAAAUUAUGAGAGAGACUGAAUUGGGCUCGUGAAGCCUGAAUCAUUAUGACAUUUUCCUGCUUAGGGUGACACGAUCGGUUUCAGGUUUGUGAUUGGAAUGUGCAGAGUAGCAUUUGAUUGAUAUUUUGCCCCCUCUUGCCAUGUUUGAUGGCAAAAGAACGUGGAGUUGCACCUUGGUUUGCUUAGCGGUAUAACCAAUGAUUCCUGUGUUUUACUUUACAGGAUGAUUUCUUUAGAAGUAUUUGUUACUGUUGUAUAGGUAGUUAAUUCAUCGAGAGAGAACCCAAAGUUGAAUAGAGUGAACUCAAUAAUGUAGAAAACAAUUUUGAAUCAGAACAAUUCUUUUUCUUUUUCCUAAUAGAAUAGUUCAUGCCAAAACCAUUAGUUUAGUAUAGCCUAGGUUUCAUAAUUGUGAUUAGCAUCGACAUUACACUGAACUGGCACUAUUGCAUGAUGGUGCAAGGGAUAGAUAAUGGUGUUUCACCUUGUAUAGGAUAAGAUAGUACAAGGGAGCAGAAUGAAGUCAGGAUUCUUUUGUGUUUGAUUCAUCAUUUAUAUGUGUACAAAUAUUUUUUUUGUAUAGAUAAAUAGUUACAUGGAUUAGAAGGAGAAAUUUCGCUGAAGACAGUGCUAUUGUAAGGAGGAAAAGAAAAAAGAAAAUAUAAUUUUACAGCAACUUUGUAUAUAUUUUAUAAAUAAGAAAUU